AUGGCCACUGUUCAGUUGGCCAAAGACUGGAAUGCUACUUACCCACAAGUGGGGGACACCGGUGCCGAUGCUCCGGCCGGUUAUAUAACCUUGUGGGCGGAUUUUUUCAACCACGGCAACCUUAGGUUGCCGGUGACGGUGUUUGUGGCGGAGGUAUUGGAGUAUUAUCACCUCCAUAUCUCCCAGCUUAGUCCUUUCGGAAUGUUCCGAAUUCGGAAUUUUGAGUACACAUUCCGUGCCCAUGGCCUGCCCAUUACAGUAGAGAAUUUCCGGCGGUUCUACCAGUUGACGGUGAACACCGGUUUCUUCUCGUUCACUCAAAGGAAUGUCGAUGUUGGAGUUUCCGAUGAAGAUAUUCCUGUUGCUUCCGCGAAGACCGCAGACUGGUUCUCUAGGCUGCGGCCUAUUGAACUCAAGAAGUUGGAUAAUGACCAACUGUGGAUAUUGCGGAUGAUGCUUUCUAGACCGGAUAGGAAGGAAAGGCCCGUGUUGCGGGAACAGGGUGGUGCGGAUGCGGUUGGCUUGUGGAGGAUGUUCGAGCCUGAUUUCAAGGGCCAGGUUGAACUGAUUGCGGUUGAGCUGAAGAAAGGUUUCAACCUUGAAAUUCUGAAGAACUUCCGCGUACCGUCGAAAGCGGUGCUGGAAGCCCCGGUUCCGGGAGACGCAAGAGGUACGUCUUACGUGGCAUUAGUUUUUUCAGUUUAUCUUUUUGACUGGUUCUGUUGAUUGUGUGAAUCCAGGUGUCCUUGCGGAUUUGGGGAAGUUUGAGAAACGCGUCCCCAAAAAGACUGUGGAGAAGAAAACGGUAAAAAAGACCGUGCGGGGUCGUGGUAAGGGGAGUGUUGAAGGCUCAGCUGCCCCUUCUUCCGUUUUCGAAGCCGCAGGUACCUAUCAAUCUUGUUCUCGGGGAUAUACCGAUUACGUCGUAGUAUCUGACACCCUUGAGGGUUUGGGUGUUAUAGGUAGUGGUGCGGUCGCGGGUGGAACU